AGAAAUAGUUAUUAAUAGAACUAGAAGUGUCUGUGAUUCAAAUAGCAAAGUACAAAAUUUCUUUUAAACAUAGUUUAGACUCCCGGCAGUGACUCUGAGCUUCAUCUUCUCAAUCAAUCAGGAACACAACAUUGCCAAACCAUUUUUGUUGUUCCGAUUGGAUUCAUGGCCACAAAGCUUGUAAAACCUCCAAUCCCAGCCUCACAGGUGGGUCCCCCAAUCCCCAGUAUCACAAAUAUGAUGAGAUCUCACAGAGAUCUCUCAGCCACUCAUCCAAGGAACAAGAAGAGCACAAGAUUUGGAGACUACCUUUCUUGUUUUACACCCAUUUGCACCAUUAGAGCUGCAGAACAAACCUCUGGUGUUGUUGGAAGUGAAAAGCUUGAAGAAGAUGAACCAUCAGAUUUUAGAACACCAACCCAGAUCAAAGCAGAACUCUAUCAGGCAGUACAAGGCAUCAACAGAGGGAUUUUUGGUGUCCCAUCUGCAAAGAAAUCUGAGAUUGAAAGACUGGUCAAGCUGCUGGAGUCUCAUAAUCCAACUCCAGACCCUACUUUAUAUCUAGAAAAGAUGGCUGGAACUUGGAAGCUUGUUUACAGCACAAUAACCAUUCUGGGACCAAAAAGAACCAAGCUGGGAUUGAGAGAUUUCAUCAGUUUAGGAGACUUUUUACAGACUAUUGAUGUUGCUGAGGGUAAAGCAAUUAAUGUGAUCAAGUUCAGUGCCAGAGGUCUAAAUUUGUUCAAUGGACAACUCACAAUUGAGGCCUCCUUUAAGAUUGCAUCCAAAUCAGUUAAGGCUUCAACUCUGCCCUAUCUUUAUGCUUUCUUUUUCAAUCAUUAAAUUAAUUCUAUGAGAGUUCUUUCACUAUACUAAGUGUUAUUGAUCCUAAACAGAGAGUUGAUAUUAGCUACAGCAGCUCAACCAUCACUCCAGACCAGCUGAUGAAUAUAUUUCGAAAAAACUAUGAUCUUCUCCUUGGCAUCUUUAAUCCAGAGGGCUGGCUCGAGAUUACAUAUGUUGAUGAUACUUUAAGGAUGGGGAUGGAUGAUAAAGGCAAUAUCUUCAUACUGGAGAGAUUGGAAGCAAAAAUAAAUCCUAGAGAUCAAUCGGCUUCAUGAACUUGCUAUGCAAAGCUUUACUUUUGGAGAGAUUAAAUAGCUUAUCAUAAUUUUUCAUACAUUGUUUAAUCCACAUGUACUAUGUCCACUUUUACACUUGUGAGAAGUGACCAUUUCAGGGAUCUUUGCCCCAUAUGAAGUGAAAAGGCACAUCUUAACCAAAGAAAAAUCUUAGAUAUCUUCCUCUUCGAGAAGAAAAUGUUUGGUUUGUGUGGUAAUAUGUAACCAUUCAUAUAUAAAUAAGCAAAGUUUCAAUUUAUGUAUCUUUAACCUCAAGAGAGCAAAGCUUUUACAAGACAAGGAGUACCAUUGAACCAAAGGUCCAUUGGUCAAUUUAUGUAUAAACUAGCGUCGUUUUUGUGUAAU